AUGGGAAGGGAAGAGACCGCGAGGAAUGCUAACCCCAGAAAAGCUACAAUUCUUGCUCUUGGAAAGGCCUUUCCUCACCAGCUGGUCAUGCAAGAGUUCUUGGUUGAUGGUUAUUUCAAGAACACCAACUGUGAUGAUCCAGAGCUUAAGCUCAAGCUCACUCGACUCUGCAAAUCAACUACAGUAAAAACACGAUACGUGGUGAUGUCUGAGGAGAUCCUAAAGAAGUACCCUGAGCUUGCCGUUGAAGGACUCCCAACGGUAAAACAACGAUUAGACAUCUGCAAUAUAGCUGUUACAGAAAUGGCAAUCGAAGCCUCACAAUCUUGCAUCAAGAAAUGGGGUAGGCCAAUUUCAGACAUAACACACUUAGUAUAUGUUUCCUCAAGUGAAGUCCGGUUACCGGGGGGUGAUCUUUACUUGGCAAAAGGGCUCGGGCUAAGGCCGGAGACUAACAGAACCAUGAUCUAUUUCGCGGGCUGCUCAGGCGGGGUGGCAGGCCUCCGAGUUGCUAAAGACAUUGCUGAGAACAAUCCCGGGAGUCGAGUCCUGCUUGCUACCUCAGAAACUACUAUUAUAGGAUUCAAACCACCUAGUACCCAAAGACCAUAUGACUUAGUCGGCGUUGCACUUUUCGGAGAUGGUGCAGGAGCCAUGAUAAUCGGCUCGACCCCUCUUCCAAACCUCGAAAGGCCUCUUUUCGAACUACAUACUGCUAUACAACACUUCAUCCCAAAUACCGAAAAAAUAAUCGAUGGAAGACUCACCGAAGAGGGUAUAAGUUUUAAACUAGAAAGAGAACUUCCACAGAUAAUUGAGGAUAAUAUUGAAGGAUUCUGUGUCAAGUUAAUGGGAUUUGCUCAUUACACUGAAAAAGACUAUAACAAAAUGUUUUGGGCAGUUCAUCCUGGGGGCCCUGCAAUUCUUAACAGGCUGGAAAAGAAGUUAGAAUUGUUGCCUGAAAAAUUGAAUGCCAGUAGAAGGGCACUGGCUGAUUAUGGAAAUGCAAGCAGUAAUACAAUUGUUUAUGUGCUGGAGUACAUGCUGGAAGAGGCAAAAAGGGAAGAAUUGAGGCAAAACGAGUGGGGAUUGAUACUGGCUUUUGGACCUGGGAUUACACUCGAGGGCAUUCUUGCAAGGAAUCUUACCCUGUGA